GAUCGGAAAAGUCAACUUUAAGUCAAAAACCAGUUCCGAUUCCAGUUUCGAAUAAACAAGAACCGGCUGGAACCAAACCGUUUUAUUAAUAGUAAAUAAAUAAAUUAUAUAUACACAUAUGAUAUAAUAGGUUGAAAAAUUAGUUUCACCAAAUUGCAAAUCAGUGGAUUCCAUCCCAAUUGGAACUCACUCACCUCACCCUCACCUCACUCACGGCCUCUCAUGAUCUAUCUUCCUUGUCGACGCUCUCUGUUGAUUUCUUCGUUAAUGGAGAAACGUCCUCACCUUUGAAGAGAGAGAGAGAGAGCAAUUAAGGCAAAUUCUUGUAGGAAAAAAACCCAUUUAUCCAUUUCAUCAGCCGCUGCUUUUGCAAUCACACCAAAAACACUUCUCCACGGAAGCUGCUUUCUGCUGAUUUCAGCUCUCCGUUACUGUUUCUUCAGAGCCACACAUGGAGUCCAGCCAGAAGAAGCCGCAUGUGGCAGUCCUAGCAAGCCCAGGGAUUGGCCACGUUACCCCACUCCUCGAGCUAGCCAAACGACUCGUCGUUGACCACGGCUUCCAUGUCACCUUCCUUUCCAUCAUCACCGACGCACCACCCGCACAGCUCCAGCUCCUCAGCAACCCCUCUCUCCCUUCCGACCUCCAUGUCGUCAGCCUCCCCCGCGUCGACGUGUCCCAACAACCCAUCGGUAUCUCAGUUCGCAUCUUUCUCGUCGUCCAAGAAACCCUAAAGUCGCUGCCAUUUGUCCUGAAAAACUUACAACCUCCGAUCAAAUCUCUCGUUGUCGAUCCUUUCUGCAUCGAAGCACUCGAAAUCACCGCUGACCUCUCCAUCCCCACUUAUGUUUUCAUGACGUCUUCCGCUUCGCUUCUGGCGUUCACCAUGUACUUCCCCACCAUCAACGCCGAGGUCAACGGCGACUAUUCCAAAAUCGCCGAGGAGGUUAUUGUUCCAGGCUGCAAGCCCCUAUUGCUUGACGAUCUUGUCCCCGGAGUUUUGUUGCCAGAAGUAUUACCUAUGUGCAACAGAUUUCCGACCGUGAAGGGCAUUUUAGUAAAUACGUGGGAAGAACUCGAGCCGGUGACACUUCUUAGCCUUAGAGAAAACCCUUUCUUUCUUGGUCUGCCAGCGCCGCCGGUUUAUCCCAUUGGACCGUUGACCAAAGAGGACAAACCGGUAACAUCAACAUUGGAAUCUUCGAAGUUUCUGACGUGGCUGGACGAGCAGCCAAUCGGUUCGGUUGUUUACGUCUCAUUCGGUAGCGGAGGGACUUUGUCGAGGGAACAGAUGAGUGAGUUGGCGUGGGGAUUGGAGCUGAGCCAAAAGCGGUUUGUUUGGGUGGCGCGGCCUCCAAACGACUCGAGCGCGUCGGGGAGUUUUUUUAAGGCGGGUUUCAACACGGACUAUCCGGCGUCCUAUUUGCCGGAAGGGUUUUUGGAUAGGACGCGAGGGAGAGGAUUGGUGACACCUUCGUGGGCCCCUCAAGUCGCAGUUCUGAGCCAUCGGUCUGUGGCUGGGUUUGUGACGCACUGCGGUUGGAAUUCGGUGUUGGAGAGCGUAUUGCAUGGGGUGCCGAUGAUUGCGUGGCCGCUGUACGCCGAGCAGAGGAUGAAUACGAGGUUUUUGGUGGAUGUGGGAGUUGCGGUGUGGCCGGAGGCGGAGGAGGAUGAUGGGAAGAAAGUGGUGGGGCGUUGCGAGGUGGAGAGGGCGGUGAGGACAAUUUUGGAGGAGGAAGGAGAAGGGGUGAGGAGGAGGGUGAGGGAGCUUCAAGGCACUGCCGUGAAAGCUUUGGAAGUCGAUGGGUCAUCUAGUGGAUCCCUCGAGGGACUGGCGAAGGAGUGGCGGGAGGCUAAGUUCUUCGAUUAG